GAAAUUCAAGUGAUUAUGUUGACUUUACAAAUGCAUUGUGUUAGAGAGUAGUUGUAAGGUACAAAAAGAAUGAUAAACUCUGUAGGUAAAGGAUUGUAACCAUCUACAACAAUCCUCAUGAAGUUAAAAUUGAUUCUUUAGCUGCUGUUAUUAGAUUACAAAGUCACAAAAAUUGGAUGAGCUGUCUUUGUUUUAUUCUUACUUUUCAGGCAGGCAGUUGAAGGAAGAGGACAAGUGUUUUGUCCAUAGCUUCCAGAACUCUGACCUCUGAACUGAAGGUCUAUAGCCGUUGAGUCAGAAACUACUUGGGUAUUAUCUAGUAACGAGCUGUAUUUACUCCCUGUGUUAAUGACAGGAGUAAAUGGAAUAUAAAUAAUCUAUUUAAAAAUUACAAUAACAGCAUUAUUUGUAGGAACUCAGAAAUAUGCUUAUUAAUGAGCUCAGAAUGUAGGUUACAUAUAUAUUCAUCCAAGAAUGUAUACAUAUAUAUUCAUCCAAGAACACGUGUUAAUCUCUGGAAGCAUUAUUGUGGGAGGAUUUAAUAGGGAUCAUCUUUGAAACCCAGCUCACUUUAGAGGCCAGAAAAUUCACUCUGCAUUUCAACAAGCAAUCCUUCCCCAGCCUCCAGUUUGAGAAACUAUAGGCACAUGACAAAGAGGCUGAGCUCUCUGAAGCUAAUUCCUGGCUGGUGCUGUUGGCCCGGGAGAGGCGGUAAGGUUUGCCCUGUGGGUAUGGAGAGUGCAAGGAGGGGAGAAAAAGAAGGCCACCCAGGCUCUGUGCUGCCGGGAGAUCCAGAGCCUGGGUGCUAGAACUUAUGAUUCUUAAAAUUCUUUUAGAGGAAAAGGCAAAGCUGUGUGUUUUUAUGAACUCUUAUUUAUAGAUUUUGAGGAACUCUUAUAUGUUUUAUUACCAAAUAUUUUAGUUCAGUACUUCAGUUUUUUUUACAUGAGUUUUUGAACAUGAAAAAAUAUUUUAAGAGUGAAUAUUAUUGCCUAAUAUAUGAUGAUGGGAGAAGAUUUGACUUUGGGUCAAGUCUUUGGGUGGUGGGCACACAAUGCAGUCUACAGAACUUGUAACAUAAUUGAACUUGUUUUACUGUACCCUGAAUGGAAACCUUUUCCUAUUUUAAAAGUAAGUCUGAGAGGCUAAACGCAUUGGCUGUUAACAUAUACCUAUAUACCUAUAUAGCACACUAGAGAAAGCAGGAUAUGGCUCACAAUUGCAAUGGUGAAGACCUGAGAAUGCAGCUACUAAUUAGUACCUAUAUGGAGGGUUGACAUAAGGUUCAUGUUAGGGGUGACAUAUCUGCUUGAACUCACAAACUUUACUAGAAAGAAUCAAAGGUCCCACAUUAAAUCUAUGGAAAUACUCAUUGUGGUAAAUUCUAACAGAAUGAAUCCCCAGAGUUGCUUCAAGUAACUGACAUUUCAACUUGAAAGAGACAUUGGCAAGGUUGGAGGCCCCAAAAUUUGCUUCUGUUACAAAUCUUUGUUGAUGGCACUGGUGUCUCUGAUGUGGAGGAGAGAUGUUCAAUGUCAGGCAUUUGUGAAGAAAGUCUUAAGGAGUCAACUGUUUAAGAUAAUUAUGAUUAGCACCGUCUCAAUUAAUUCCUUUUUGGUGGUCUUGUGGACUGAGUAUAACAUAAGAUACAACUUAUUCAGACUUUUUGAGGUCUCGGAGAUCUUAUUUGUGGCCAUAUAUAGCGCCGAGUUCUAUAUGAAGCUCUAUGCCGAACCCAUUGGCUUCUGGAAGAACGGCUACAACCUGCUAGACGUGAUGAUUAUCGUCGUUAUUUCAAUCCCCUAUACUCUCCGCAAGGUCAAGGGCAAGCACUACCCUCACCUCAAGAUUGGGGAUGGCAUACAGUCUUUGCGCAUCCUCAAGCUUAUCACCUACAGCCGGGGCAUCCGGACGCUCAUCACCGCCAUUGGGCAGACAUUCUACACUGUGGCCUCUGUGCUCAUCCUGUUCUUCCUCCUGAUGUACCUCUUCGCCAUCCUGGGCUUCUUCCUGUUUGGAGAUCCAGAUGAGGGGGACCUGGAAAACUGGGGGAACCUGGCUUCGGCCUUCUUUACCCUCUUCAGCUUGGCGACGGUUGAUGGCUGGAAAGACCUGCAGCAGCAGCUGGACAAGAGGAAUUUUAUUCUGAGCCGAGCAUUCACCAUCAUCUUCAUCUUGCUUGGCUCCUUCGUCUUCCUCAGCAUGUUUGUGGGUGUGAUGAUCAUGCACACCGAGAACUCCAUCAAAAAGUUUGAGCGGGAGCUGAUGCUGGAGAGGCACAUGACACUCAUAAAAGAGAAGCAGGUGAUCGUGAAGCGGCAGCAGGAGGAGGUCAGCAGGCUGAUGAAGACACAGGCAAAUGUGGACUGCAAAAGUUUCAGUGAGCUGGUGGAGAACUUCAAGAAAACCCUGCAGCACACUGACCCCAUGGUCUUGGAUGACUUUGCCACCAGCCUGCCCUUCAUCGACAUCUACUUGGCCACUCUGGACAACCAGGACGCGACGAUUUACAAGCUCCAAGAGCUGUAUUACGAGAUUGUGCACGUGCUGAACCUGAUGCUCGAAGACUUGCCCCAGAGGAAGCAGUCGACAAUCUUCAGCAAGGAUUGAGGAGAAGUAGUGUGGCUGGGCCCCCGGCGCCGAGGGCCUCCCAGGCUGUGGCAGCCCCCAUUAAACACAGGCUUUCUGAACCCGCCUCGUCACGGUUGCUGUGAUCAUGGCGUUUCCCCACCUUCGGGGGUUGGGUCAGGUGCUCAUAAAGCCUGAUCCUCUGACACCAUCCGCCUCAUGACACAGCUAGGCCGUGGGAGUGAGAGAAGGAGGCUCGAGAUUCAUCCUGGCCUGUGGCCACUCCAGGGCCACGCUGGAUCUCCCCUCCUUGACCUCAGCAGCAAGAACACACUGUUCCUGGGAAAGCCACCUGAGGAGCCCAGGCCUAGCAGCCCCGAGUGCCUGGCCCUUUGAGCUGAUGUACCUCUUCCCGCGAAACCUCCACUGGGCUCACCUUAUGGCCCCCCACACCCCUUCCCCACACACACACCUGGCAGAGCUGCAUCUCUCUGGGGGCCCUGUGCUCUGGGGACCCCUCUUUGGAGUCGUCUCUGCUUUCUCCUAGGCUCACCGUGGUCGUGGUGCGCCAGGCAUGCAACCUUGACUGGCAGGACUCUGUUGUGCAGCCAUGGAGCUCAGGAUGGGUGGGUCUGGCUGGCAACAAGCACUUUGGGCUGCUUCCCCUCUUACGGUUGGUUAGGACUCCCCACGGAAAAGGUGUGAUUUUCUGCAACAUUCCUAGUCACAUGACUGCCAGAGUUGUCCAGGGCCUGGUCCCAAGUGCUCUGGUCAUGACGGGACCAUCUGAAAGCCCAGGUAGGGCAGGGCGGCUGGUACCCCCUGUUCCCAAUGGGCCAAGCCAGAGGUCUGGCUAUUUCCCUCUGUUCCACGGCUGGGGAGUCUUCUUGAGGCCUGUCACCUUGGCAGUGACGUCUCAGACAGAGGGAGGGGCGGGUUCUGGGGAGACCUGGUGGGGGAGACCAGCACCCAUAGCUGAGUACGGAAGGAUACCACACCCACACUGGGGAGUCAGGUCAGCAGAAAACACGUCAGUAGAGUUGGGAGUGAUUGGACAAAAGGGUCCCAUGGGCUCCAGGCCCAUGACAAAGUCCCUUGAGGUCACAUGACAAAGGCAGGUGGAAACCUAUAUUCAUGGUUUCGUUUAUACAUUGUUUACUGAGCUGUGUUGGGUGCUGGGGGUUCUGUGAAGAGAAGCCCACAAUCUAGUCCUGGCCCCCUGGUGCCUACAGCUGUGUGGGGGAGACAGAAGACCAGUCAGACUGGAAGAAAGUUUCCGUGAGGAAGUGAUGCUUGCAGAGAGCUCGCAUCUUCUAAGAUACUCAAGUCAUUUCCAUUUGCAAAUGUUCACAUUCUCAGGACCAAAUUGAGACUUGUGUGAACAACUCCGGAGAGUGCAGCCUGUGGCCAUGCUCUGGGGAGCCUUCUGGGGCAGGGAUUGUAACCUAGCUGCUCCCUGGGGUGGAGAGAGCUUUGUGCCAAGGCCUGGGGAGGUGGGCCUAGGUUCGCAGGGUGUCUGUGCCCCUGGAGGGCAGGCGGGAGCUCAGGGCCUAUGCGUUCAAUGCCUGACCAGGGGGGCCGGUGGCUUCCAGGGGUGCUCUGGUGGGCAGGCACAGGGCCGGUGGGCCUUGGGCAAUGGCUCCAUGAGGGGGAAGGGGGGAAAGCGGACAUCGCCAAGUGCUCACACUGGCUGUGCCAGCCUCGUUCAGGGGGAUAUGAAAACACUUCCUUCCACCUGCUCUCAGUGGGCAAUGCCCCAGGCAUCUCAAGACUUCCCUCGGGGAGGCAAGUUAGAAAGCACCGAGGUUUUGGAGUCAGGACACCUGGAUUCCUUCAUCUGGUGACCUCAGGAGUAUGUCUCAGCAGGUUUGCUCUGAGAAAUGGGCUGAUAAACGGACCAGCUAUAAAGAUCAAAUAAAAUACACAUGAGAGUGUAAAAAAAGACACAGUCAACUUAUGGUUUGUGCUUUCUGGCUGUCAGCUCUGCCUCUGCUUGGUGGCCAGAUGCAGAGUGGGCUCUGCCAGUCAGGGGCUGAGUUGCCGUGGCAAGAGAAUAAGUGAGAGCGGGGAGCCGCGGUCAGGCACUGGGGGUGACUGGGUGCAGAAUGGGCGCACGCAGGGCGGGCCUGGCGGGAAGGUCUGGGGCCCAGGCCCAGCAGGGAAGUCAUGAGCACAGGCCGCUGGGUGGGGUGAGCUGUUUUUAAGGGCAAAGGCAGAAGGCUGUCACAGAGCAGAGAACUGUGAGCGGUGACAUGCGGAGGGCUGGCCCAACACUGCUGGCAGGGCAGGCGGCGGAUAUUUGGCUCAGAGUCCCAAAGCAGCAUUUCUGUUUGGCUCUAUUUUUCUGUAGAGCAAACACUGGCAGAUUGGAAUUCCCACUUGGGCCCUCACCAAGGCAAACAGGCUUGGCCAAGGCUUUCAGUUGAUUUGCUUGGGGCAGAGUGGCUCUGCUUGUCCAGGCCUGGUGGUGGGAAGGAGGACCUUCCUCCCCACUCUCGGCCCUGGGAUCCCACAGAGCUGUCCCCGAAUGGCCCACUCACCUCCCUCCUGCCAGCCUGGUAGUUUGGGGGCUGCAGUGGGAGACAGGGGGGACCUGGGCCUGAGUCUUCACCCAGGCCCUCCCCCGGUGAGAAGGAUCUGGAGGUGUUUGGAAAGUGACCAGAUUUUCUAAAAAGUCCCUGUUGAUUCCACCAGCAGGAAGCAGUGCCUUGUUAUGGAGAUCCAGGCAGUGUCUGAGAAUGUGCUCUCCUGUUGGUUCCAGCGGCCCCCAGAAGUCCAGUCCUGCCACGCUAGGAACUGUACACCUCUGUGUUCUUUAGGUGUGGGUGAGACGGGACUCCUGAAACAGACUGCCCUUCACCAGGCCAGGCUUCGCGCUCAGGGUAUCUCCACCUGUUUUGGUGUCUGUCCCUAGACCCACAUGGCCUGGGCCUGCUCCAUUGUCCCACAGGCUCAAGGAAGAAGAGUUCCUAACAGGCUCCCCAGAAAGGAGCGGUGAUGGUUGCUGAUUCCAGGCGCAGGGGUGGGGACUGGGGAGAAAGGAGCGCGAUGUGACAGAGGUUUAGUAACACAUGAGUGCCCGCCCUUCCCACACUCUCCGCCCAGAGCUUUAUCUGUGCUUGGUCAGCCACAGGCAUCUCCUUUCCCAGGUUCUAGUUGAUUGUGCUUUCAGCUUGGUGUGAUGCAGCUGCUGGUGAAGGGGAGAGCCAGGACUGGAGCGCUGGAAGGGAAGUUGGCUCCUGGUUC